CUGCUGUAACGCUGAAACCCCGAUCGGUACUGUCCUUGUCCUGUCUCCUUGUUUCUUUCUUCUGCACUUACCAAACCAAACCCAAAAUCAAAUCUCUUUCUAUUUAUAUAUAAUAGUUGCCUAAUUGCUCACCACAAGAGAAGAGAGAGAAGGGCGGUUGCAAACACAUACGAGAUAGAACAACAACCUAGAUUCUCAUUCUAUUCAAUUCACUCACAUAUUCUGUCACCCAUUUCAGAUUUCAUCUUAAAGCACAUUAAUUUAAGUUCAAAACCUUAACUUUUUUUUGACUGUGGCGAGGAUCUUCAGAAUGGUGGUGGCUGCAGGUGCUAAGUUCAAUUUGAGAAAAGGCAAUGGUUCUUCUCAUAAUGGGUAUAGCAGCGAUGGAGAUCUUUCCAGAAUUAAUAAGAGUGGGUGUUUUUCAUCAGUGGCUGAGGUGGAUAGAGACCCUUCUUGCGUUUCAUUUACCACUUUCAACAUUCUGGCUCCGAUUUACAAACGGAUUGAUCCAAAGAACCAAGUCCCACGAGAAAGUGACUUCAGAUCAUUUUGGUUGGACAGGAAUGAAAGGAUUCUUGAUUGCUUGCUUUCCGAAUCAUCUUCCAUUAUGUGCCUCCAGGAGUUUUGGGUUGGAAAUGAAGAACUUGUUCACAUGUAUGAGGAGAGACUUGGGGAUGCUGGCUACCAUCUCUUCAAGCUUGCUCGAACCAACAACCGUGGAGAUGGUCUGCUGACUGCUAUAGAUACAGAAUGUCUAAGAGUUGUGGAUUAUCGAGAGUUGCUUUUUAACGAUUGCUGCGAUCGUGUUGCUCAGUUGUUACAUGUUCAGUCAGUUACACCCUUUGCACAAAACCAAAAAGGAAGUGUUCCCCAAGAGUUUCUGAUUGUGAACACUCACUUGUUAUUUCCUCAUGAUUCAAGUCUUUGCGUGGUGAGAUUGAAUCAGGUUUACCAAAUAUUGCAAUAUGUGGAAUUGUACCAGAGAGAAAACAGGCUCAAACCAAUGCCUAUUAUACUCUGUGGUGACUGGAAUGGAAGCAAGCGUGGACAUGUUUACAAGUUCCUUAGGUCACAGGGGUUUGUAUCAUCAUAUGAUAUUGCUAAUCAAUACAGUGACAGUUAUGCAGAUGCCCACAAGUGGGUUAGUCACCGAAAUCAUAGAGGAAAUAUCUGUGGUGUUGACUUCAUUUGGCUUUGCAAUCCCAACCAAGCACGUAAACCUUUGAAGACAAGUUGGGCUGAAGCUGUAUUUAGUAUACUAAAAUUCCAGUUACGUAAAGCUUCACUGUCUGAAGAUGAUGCAUUUGCCUUUCUGAAGGGUGACAACUACGCUGAUUCUGUUACAUAUUUUAGUUUCUCUGAAGCACUCCGUCAGGUGAAGUUAAUUGGUGUGCCCUAUGGUCUAUGCUUUCAACAGCUGCAAGAUCUAUGGAAUCAAGCAGAUGUUGAUGGAAAUGGUGUCAUCGACUUCGAAGAAUUCAAGCAGAAGAUUUGGAAUUCUGCAUGUCCAGAACAUGUGUUGGAAAAUUUGAAUGGAUGCAUGGAACAUGGUAACACAGAACAGGAGCAAGAAGCCCUUGGUUUUCAAGUGAAGAAUGCGAUGCUGUAUCCGCGUGAAGUGGAGAGAGGACAAUGGCCAGAAGACUACUCUCUUUCUGAUCAUGCUAGACUCACAGCUGUGUUUUCACCAGCAAGGAUGAGAUGUUCUGCCUCACAAAACUAUAGUUAGUUAGCUAGCUAGCUGGCACUCAUACUAUAAAUCUUCUUAGAAUUGACCAAAAAAAAUUGUGGAGAUAUAAGGUAUAACCCACAGAAAAAAUAUUCAAUUUUGCGACAAGUUUGGUAUAGGGGUAAGGUAAAGAAAAGUGGUUAAGUUUUCACUUUGAUUUUUGUGUUCCUUAACAAACAUGCCAUGCCAUUAGUCUGUCUUGUAUAUGUGUGGAGUCAAAUUAAUGUAGUGGAUGCUGUAAUCAGUUUUGAUAAGCCCUGGCCAUGCUUUUUUCUCUGGUAAUGGGAUAACAAUGUAAAGAUUUUAUUUUUUUUUGUUGAUAUAAAUGGAUGUCUAUAUUCUCUAUUUCAUUUUCCCA